GUUGCGCGACCGUUAAAGUCAUAAAAUCGUGAACUGACAUUUCCCUGACAUUUCUCAGUGCCGGAUGGUCACGGCGAAGAAGUCCGCUCGCACGACACUUGAAUUUGAGUUUCCUCAUUUAAGAAAUCUGAGUGGUGGUUGCAUCAGCAGCAACCCCCACUAAGGAUACCGACUUGCCGCGCUUUUUCCAGAGCUUUGUCUCAAAAAUCGUAUAAAUAGGGAUGCAGCCCGCGACUCCGGGCAGUGCAGUUCGAACUCGACAGUAGAGAUCAGGGUUAGUGUAGCCAGGACGGUUCCGUGUCGCAAUUGUAGCGACCGAGUUCCCCUGAGCUACUAGUUCGCGCUAAUCCAAGCGAGUCACUCUAAUUCCAAUUUUAACUCUAAUUCGAAAAUCCAUUCUAAUUCAAACUCUAACUCAAAUCCUAAAUCGAGACACAUUCUAAUUCCAAUUCUAAUUCUAAUUUUAAGCCUAACCCUAAAUCCACCGUUAUUUUAAAUUUGUACUGUAAGCUUAAUUUUAAUGUAAUCGUAGUUUAAAUUGUGCUUUUGUAACUCACUUCUUUUACCCUUUAUAUCGUAGUAAUAAAAGGGUAGUUUAUACACACACGCUUUCGCUUAAUUUCCACGCUUAACCUCCCCCGCUUCCAUGCACCCCCGCUUCCAUGCACGCAACACCGCGACGCGAAUGUAGUGCAUAAACAGAAGUACCACGGUCGAGGUCCGAAGACAACCGGACAGCCGAGAAGGACGAGGACGAUCAUCACCUGACCAGAGCGGCCACCAAGGCAGAGACAACAGUCUCAACAGCAACCGUCAUUCUAAAAGCUAAGUCGCAACGUCCAAUAAAGCAUGUCACAUAACGCGUAUUUUUCAACUCAAGCCCCAUAUUUUAAUUGGGCGAUAUUAAUUAACUUCGCGUUGUGUAGCCUGGCCACCUUCCAUCAGCACCAAAUUAAUCACACCAUCAUUUGCGAUAGGUGCCAAAAUAACCUCCCUCUUCGCGACCGCGUAUUUUACAACUCAGUCACGCGUCACUAUUUAAUUGUCGGCGGGGACGAAGAAGCCAUACGCUGCUCGUCCUGCAAUCGUUUAAUCUCAUUUCCGGAGACCGCGGUGGACUGCGUCGAGUGCUACGAAGCAUUGAACGACCUCGCGCGUCAUUUGUACGACUCAGAAAACAAGCCAUACCUUAACAUCGAGCCUACUAUAAUAGAGAUCGAAGAGACGUGCACAUGUUUAUGCCCUGAAGAAUAAUAAGUAUACGGUAAAUUAGAGUAUGUGCCCACCGCAGCGCAUUGCCAUUUUCUCGGUCCGUGCUCAACGCGAAGCGAAUUGCUCGUUCGGUAUAUGGUUACGCAAUGCCCAGUGCGUAACCUCUCUGUAUUUUUGCAACGACGACGAAUCAACGGUAUUAUGCCUCGAGUGUAAAAGCAAACACUCGAGCUCUAAGAAAGAAAAUUAUCUCGGGGUAAUUACCCACUAUAUCUAUCUUGGCCAUCCAUACAAUCCGCAAAAGUGCGAUUCUUGCCGCGCGCCCGUAGCUGCCCGCCGUCACCCUCUCGAUUGUGACCGUUGCCCCCACGAGUUGGAAGAAUUCAUAACUUAUUUAAUCCGAGAAAGAGAUAGUCCCUGGAACGAUUCCGACGCCACCAUACUCGCGCUCACGCGACACACCCUCUGAGGUUACAAAACUCCCCUCACUAGGCCAUUGGCCGCGGAAAAUCGGGCCCGUCCGCCGGUAAAUCCGGCCACGCGAUCCGCUCCUUGGCUGUGGAGUCCCCGAAGCUUAGGCUUCGAAACAGUCAGAUUCGCCGAAACGCGCGUAUUCUGCCCAACGGCGACCGCGCUCGGUCGGGACGUAACAUCAUGAUAUUUGUAUUUGUUGGUAGCAGUAAUAAUACAAUAUAAUGUUUCUUUCAAGAUUUUCAAUGUUUUUCCUUGUUUUUAUUGAAUAUCCAUUUGUUGUCGAUUCGAUAUCAAUUUGAUACUCGCGAGAGUUGCAGUGAAAAGUGCCGCGGCGCGGUGUGUCUGCUCCUCUAACCUCUUUUCGUCUUUCGUCCCUACCUUGGUACCGGCCGGGGCGGCUAAAGUGGGCAGAAGUGUACAACGUGUAUCAUCGCUUUAUAUAGACUAUUAUUAUUGUUUCCUGUAAAAAAGAAAGUUUCGAAACGUAGUCGCAACUAUAAAAAACUGGCUAAAGUAUACCACGUGCAUCUGCAUAUAUUGCUUUAUAUCACAGACUAUUGUUUCCUGUAAAAAAGGAAUUGAAAUAAAAUUGUACGUUUCAAAAGAUGGCUAUAAAAGAAGCUGGCUAAAGUAUAUAACGUGUGUGCCUGCAUAUAAGUGCACGAUGUCAGAGGAUGAUAGGCCUAUUCAAUAAGUACGAUCCGUGAAGUGUCAAGGACAUUCACACUAGUCCAACGUAUACGGAGAAAUCCAUCAUUCCAACGCAUAGCUGUUGAGAUUGGUAUUUUAUUGAAUAAAGAAUAUAAUAAGUGAAAAGAAAUGAAUCGAUUUUCUGUCGUCGAAUUCGAAGAUGGACUGCAUUUAGUCCCUACCAAGUGGUUAAAAGGAUCAUCAGAAUGCUUCUGGCCAACGCAUAAAAACAUAAAAAGACUUCAUAAAAAUAUUUCUGAGUGCGAAGAACCAGAUGAUGAAACUUGGGAAACCGUGAAAGUUGUCCGUAUUUUUGGAACAGCAAAUUCAUAUGAAAGUGGGAUGGCAAAAGUAAAGUUGGCUGAGAAGUUUUCGGACAUCGAAUCUUCUGACGUCGAUGAUGCUCAUAAAAAAAACGUCGUAAAACGACAACAACUAGCGUUUCUGACGAAAGCGAUAAUGAUAGUCAACAUAUGUUACCUCCCCCGCCAAAGAAACCAUUUUCGAAAACGUCCAUGAAUUCCAAAAAUGAUAAUGUACCAAUGGAGGAUUCACCUUUAGAAAAUGCUGCUGAAAAAACACAGUAAUGAUAAUACAUCUGUGCAGAAUGUUUCAAAAAAGUCUUUCACUGAAACAAAUGUGUCAAAAGACAAUAAUGCAAUACUUUUGGCAGAUAUCGAUUUAAAAAAGGAAUUACUACGUAGAUGUAAUAAAAUGGAUGCUAAGUUAGAUCGCAUUGAUGGGAAAUUGAAUAGUCUUGAAGAAAAACUGGAAAAUAGUCUUAAAAAUAAGAAGCAUGAUAUUGACAUAACAGAAAUUGUAUCCUUUCCUUUAAAAACGAAAGAAGAUCUGGACAAGUUAGAACUAGACCUUCAAGAAGCCGACUUUUUCAAAAACAUGAUAAUUUAUAUGAAACACUUAGGUGGCAAAACUUAUCAUGAAAUGACGGUUAUUAUUUUAAAACAUACCAUUAGUAAUUUUCUUUCCACCCUGUACUGUUGGAAUGGAAAAGAUGGAAAAAAGACAGCAUUUAAAGAUUUAAUAUUCGCCAAAUGCAUAAAACAAUGUGUCAUUUCAAAAUUUGAAACUGCAGAUGACCAACAAAUUACGCAAAUUAUAGCAAAAUGGUUUAUACAAGGAAAAUUGCGAUGUGACAGAGAUGAGGAACGAUUGCAACGUAAUCAAAAAAAAUCACAAGAUUAAACUUGUUAUAAGUUUGGACCGCUUUUGUUUAAUUUUAUAUUUACAUGCAUGCAUAACUUACAGAAAUUUUGUAAACGUUUUUCUCA